AUUGUAGAAUUAUGCUAAUGAAAAGGAAAUUCCUAUUCGAAUACCUCAAAUUAGUAUAUAAAUAUAAGAUCAAGAUAGAAAUGAAUAACUUUAUAAAAUCGUUUAUAAUCAGUAGACUUAAUUAGUAGUAUAUUAAUUAUCAUAUAAAUUAUCAUUCUAUUUCAUCCAUCCAUCCAUUCAUUCAUUCAUUAUUAUUUUGUUUAAAUCAAACUUAAUAUUUAAAAGUGGGAUAUUCAACUUUCAAUUUUCUUUUUUUUUCUUUGUAAAAAAAGAAAAAAGCAAAAAAAAGAGAAAGUUAUUAUUUUCCGUUGUUGUUUCUUUUUCCGUUUUUUUUCCUCAAUGAAUCUAUUCCAACCAUUAAUGAAUGAAAAAGAAGUUCAAACAGAUGAUGGAGAAAUUAAUGAAAGUCAAUUAGUGAAUUUAAUCAAUUUGGUAUGUUCUAAUCAACGUUGGUUAAAUAAGAGAAAAAAAGUGAAUACCGUACGUAGUCCAUUGAAAAAAUACUGUUAUACCUCAAUGUUCAGCAGAUUAUCGUCAUUACUAAUAAAAACAUUAAGAACUUUAGCAUUGCAAUCAUUCGCCUUAAUAACAUCAUCAGCAUCCUCAUCAACAUCAUCAUCAUCGUCAUUAUCUAUAUCAAACGAAUUGCUUAUUAUUGGUGCUGGUCAAAUGAGAACUGGUACAACUAGUUUAAAAUUUGCACUUCAAUUAUUAUUUAAUCAACCAUGUUAUCAUAUGUAUGAUGUAAUUUAUAAAUAUCAAGAAUCACAUAUUAAAAAAUGGAUUAAUAUAUUUAAUAUGCAUAAGAAAUGUGUUAAUAUUGAAAAAGCUAAUUGGAAUGAUAUAUUCAAUGAGUGUAAAUUUGCUGUGGAUUAUCCAACAUGUGUAUUUUAUAAAGAGUUAAUGAAUAUUUAUCCAAAUGCCAAGGUAAUUUUAACAAUUCGAGAUGCUGAUUCAUGGAUUUCAAGUUGUCGAGCAACAACUGCUUCUGAUAUGGUUAUGACUAAACAUAUCACAUUCACUGAAAAUAUUAUUUAUCGUUUACGUGGAUUGAAAAGUUUACCAAUAUUACAUGAUAAAAUGUACACUAAGGCAUUUGGUUCAAAUUAUGAUCAAAUGACAGAUGAUGAAUUGAAAAAUGCUUUUAUUAAAUGGAAUCAAGAGAUUAUCAAUUAUGUUCCAAAAGAUCGUUUAUUAAUUUUUGAUCCUAAUGAUGGAUGGAAACCUUUAUGUGAAUUUUUAAAUAUUCCUAUUCCUGAAAAUAUUCCAUUUCCUCAUUUGAAUAAACGAAUAGAUUUAAGGAAUAGCUUAUUAAAAUAUCGAUUUUUAGCACAAUUUUUAAAUUUUUCAUUCAUUAUUUCAUUUUUAUGGUUUAUUCAUUAUAUGAUUACAUCUUAAACUAUAUGGGUAUAAACUGAUAAACAAUUUGUCUACUUAUUUCUAAAUAAGUAGUUUCGUAAAAUGUAGUCAUUUUUUAAUUUAAAUUAUUUGAAAGUAGUAUUCUAAUUUAAUUUUUAUUUUAUUUUUUUUUUAAAAAUUCAAUGUUUAUCCAAUAAAAGACCUCUUUAUUCACUUUCACUGGUAAUUAUA